CUUGGGAGUGGGGGAGCCUGCCUGCGAGCACGAGGCCUCUGGGGGUUCACAUUGCUUCCCCCUGGUAAGCUGAGGCCUGAGGGAUCUCCCUGCGUCUCUCCCUGCAGAAUGCGCCAUGUAUCCUCUUCGCUGCCCGGCAUGCCAGCUCAGCCACAAACCUGAAGGAUGUCCUGGCCAACAUGAUCCCCAAGGAGCAGACGAGGAUCAAGAGCUUCAGGCAGCAGUACGGCAACACAGUCAUUGGCCAGAUCACUGUGGACAUGAUCUACGGCGGGAUGAGAGGCAUGAAGGGGCUCAUCUAUGAGACAUCCGUACUGGACCCUGAUGAGGGCAUCCGUUUCCGUGGAUACAGCAUACCCGAGUGCCAGAAGCUGCUGCCCAAAGCCCCUGGCGGGGAGGAGCCCCUGCCUGAAGGGCUCUUCUGGCUACUGGUAACAGGAGACAUCCCCACUCAGGAGCAGGUGACCUGGCUGUCCCGAGAGUGGGCCAAGAGGGCCGCACUGCCCUCCCAUGUGGUGACCAUGCUGGACAACUUCCCCACCAACCUGCACCCCAUGUCACAGCUCAGCGCCACCAUCACUGCCCUCAACAGCGAGAGCAACUUUGCCCGUGCCUACUCAGAGGGCAUCAACCGGGCCAAGUACUGGGAGUUCAUCUAUGAGGAUGCCAUGGACCUGAUCGCCAAGCUGCCUUGCAUCGCGGCCAAGAUCUACCGCAACCUGUACCGCGAGGGCAGCAGUAUCGGCGCCAUCGACCCUGGCCUGGACUGGUCGCAUAACUUCACCAACAUGCUGGGCUACAGUGAGCCCCAGUUCAUCGAGCUCAUGCGGCUCUACCUCACUAUCCACAGUGACCAUGAGGGUGGAAAUGUCAGCGCUCACACCAGCCACCUCGUGGGCAGCGCCCUCUCUGACCCGUACCUCGCCUUCGCUGCCGCCAUGAACGGGCUGGCCGGGCCACUGCACGGCCUCGCCAACCAGGAGGUGCUGCUGUGGCUGACCAACCUGCAGAAGGAGCUGGGCCAGGAGGUGUCGGAUGAGAAGCUGCAGGAUUUCAUCUGGAACACGCUGAACUCGGGCAGGGUGGUGCCAGGCUACGGGCAUGCGGUGCUGCGGAAGACGGACCCACGCUAUACUUGCCAGCGGGAGUUUGCCCUCAAGCACCUGCCCAACGACCCCAUGUUCAAGCUGGUGGCCCAGCUCUACAAGAUCGUGCCCAAUGUGCUGCUGGAGCAGGGCAAGGCCAAGAACCCCUGGCCCAACGUGGAUGCCCACAGCGGGGUGCUGCUCCAGUACUAUGGCAUGAAGGAGAUGAACUACUACACGGUGCUGUUCGGCGUCUCCCGGGCCCUGGGUGUUCUGUCGCAGCUCGUCUGGAGCCGGGCUCUCGGCUUUCCCCUGGAGAGACCCAAGUCCAUGAGCACGGAUGGCCUCAUGCAGCUUGUGGGCUUCAAGUCGGGCUAAAGGGACGGGGCCCCGUGGCACCUGAGGGAAUGUGGAAAGAGACAGUGCACCUCUGCGACAGGGUCCGAGCAGGCUAGAAUUAAACCGCUCUGAGGCACUG